AGCUGCGCUCCGUAGCGUUGCGUUCCAAGAGCGGCGUGCGUGCGUGGAUGGAUCCCCCCCCUCCUGUGAAGCAGGCGGGACCAGGCUCAAAAGCGUUGCAUUGUGGGAGCUCCUUCCUUUCUCGGUCCCCGGCCAUCUUGAAGCUAGAUCUCUGGUGAGUGAGGCUCCGGAUUCCGAGGGGCUUUCUCCCCUUUCGCGGCCCCGCAGGUGGUCGGUCACAGCUCGCACGCAGAGCUCUCACUGUCCCGAGUCUCACUGUGUCCUUUCCUGUCUCCUGCAGGUCCGGAUUCCCAGCGCUGCAACCAUGGUGGCCGCAAAGAAGACGGUGAGUGAGGCCUCGUCUCUCACGUGGAGCCUGGCCCGGGCUGGGGGCCUCACAGUGUAUCAGCCGGCAGCAUGUGGCUGUCACUCACCCUGUCCAGCACCGGCCCCUUCCCAUAGGGUCUCACAGUAUAUACCUAGACACAAUCUGGGGAGCUCACAGUAACUGGCUCCCAUGGGUUAAAGUACAUACAGAGCUUUAAACUGGUUUAGAGAGUGUGUAUAUAGAGUGAGAGUGUGUAUAUAUUAUUAUAUAUAUAUAUAUUUUUUUUUUCUCUGUAGUUGGUAUUACAGUUUUUUGUUUUGUUUUUUUCUGUAAUGUUUUAUUUUAUUUACUUUUUUGAAUUACUUUUCAAAUAAAUCCUUUAUAAAACGUAGAGCAAAUAUAGUGCAUCCUAUACUGGACUCUUUUCUAGGUGAUGGCCUCAUGUCUAUAACUUUGUACCACAACUACUUUUCAUACACCAGCACAGCGUUGUAGCACACCUCUGAGUGCAGUAAGCGCUCCAGGGCAUCGGUCCCCACCAAAAACAAAACUGUUUGACGCGGUCUUUAAAUGUGUAUAGGUGAAUUAACUAUUAAAAUGUGCAUGUCUGUAUAUAAUAUGAGAAGCCCUCACUAUUGUGUUUAAUUACAAUGUGAGUAUGGCUGUAAACACUCCCAUCUGUCUAAGGGGCUUUAUAGAAUUUAAAUUUUUGCUUGAAAUUAAAGGUGUUUUAGAUACGCCAGGGGAAACAUGCAGUUACCAAAUCAAUCAUUUCAGCAAGCUGAUGUGAUUUAGUAUACUUGAAUAACUUUUGAAGUGAGACUAUUUUAUUAUAUAUUUUUAUUUAUAUAGCGCCUUACUAAUCUGUAGGUAGUCAUAUGGCUUCUUUAAGAUUAUUGUAUGAGUUAGAUACUCAUGAUAAUGCAAAGCUAGAUUGAUGGGCUACAUUAUGUAUAAUAGACCAAAACCCCUUUAGGUAACCAUUUAUAGACCUGUCUAGACGAGCACAUUGAGCAUGGUCUUCCAUCCUCUCUGUUCCUCUACGUCCAGUUGUCUGGUUACAAUUACAUGUCUGUUAGUCCACCCAUUGUACAGCGCAACAGAAUCUGCUGGAGCUAUAUAAAUAAUAAAAUAGAUUAAAUGCUUAACUGUAAAAAAAAUAAUAAUAAUAAAAAAAAAUUAGUUAGACAUUCUAUUUAAACACCAACACACAACCCUUUUAGCCUGUGAGUUCUUUAAUGUUAAGUUACAACAUGUUGGUGUUUGUGUUCUGUUUUUAUAUCUAGAACCAGCUUCUCUGCAAAUUUUUGGGGAGAUGUACUUUAUUUUUCCGUGGUAAAAUAGUAAUGUUUAAGUUUUGAGUUAACCAGUCUUUUCCACCCUCUUCCAUUUUAGAAAAAGUCCUUAGAGUCCAUUAACUCUAGACUUCAGCUGGUUAUGAAAAGUGGUAAAUAUGUCCUUGGUUACAAGCAGACAUUGAAAAUGAUUCGUCAAGGCAAGGCCAAGCUGGUUAUUCUUGCCAAUAACUGUCCAGCUCUGAGGUGAGUGCGUGUUUUGGAUUUCAAAUUUGAUUUAGUCUGUUUGCAAACCGCAUGUUAAAAACGAAAAUUCUCUGUACUACAUUCUAACAAAGGGUUAAUUCAAAGGGUAGGCAAUGUCUGACAUUCUGUUCCAGAUGUGCCCAAGUGUUUGCAGACAAACGGGAAUAAAAUAUUUGCAUUCAUGCUUUAGCAUUCUAUGAAAAAGCACAAAUGUCUGUCACCUCUUAAACUUACAUUUUCCUUGUUUCAGUUAGAUGUUUAAGUGCAAAGAAAAGAUGAUUUGUCACUUGUACCUCUAAUUUUGACUCUCUUGAAUGGACCUUUUGAUGGCUUUGCAUUGAGACAGUCCAUUAAGUAUUGGGAUCUAUUUUGCCUCCAUGAUGAAGAUAACGAACUUGUAUACUUAAUAGCAGUUGUGCAUAACCACAAGUAGCUCUAUAAGAGUGAAGGAUUGUUUAGAACUAUCUCCAACACUUAUCCAAUAGAAACACAAAAUAUCUGUUCACUUUUGGAAACUCUUUAACCCCUUAAGGACACAUGACAUGUGUGACAUAUACUGAUUCCCUUUUAUUCCAGAGGUUUGGUCCUUAAGGGGUUAAAAGGACUUCUAUUAUAGAUGCUUACUCUAGGCGCAAUGCUGCCUACUAGAUAAAAAAAUAAAAUAAAAAUUUCUGCAGACUUUAAAAGUGGUCCCCUUAUUUGUCAGAUGCCUGCUGUCACAGUGAGAGCUUAGUUUUUUUUGUUUUGUUUUUUUAAAUGAAAUUUGUAUUCCCUGAGUAGUGGGGAAGCGUCUGCGAGAAGAAUGUAAUGCAUCUUGUUUGAAAUACACGAACUUUGUGUCACUUUCAAAAUAUCACCUAUGAAAUUGUAGAGUAGGCUAACAGUGUAAAGUUGUAGAGUAUUUACAGAUACUCUGCUACAAACCCAUUUGUUUGUAUGUUGGAUAUUCAUUCAUUUUGGAAUGUUUGUAUAAAUGCUUGCGCCUAGCUUGCUAUUAAUAGAACAAUUAUUUGUACUAUGAGUUACUUUUCUUCACUCUGGCAAAUCCAGUAUAGAAGUGAAUUGUGGUGUGUAGUAUAGCUUACAUACACUUUUGAGCCAGAUUUUUUUUUUUUUUUUCAGAUACAUCCAGUUUCCCAGUCAAAGCAUAGUCAGACCCAACUCCCCCCCCCCACUCACAAGUCAUGUCAGUAAGAUGGCCUCUGACUUUGGCACAGCCUAAGUAUGUAGUUAUUGACCACAUUUGUAGGCCAACAGCAAACUUAAAGGAACACUAUAGGGCUGGCCCCUCAAAGUAUAAAACUUGUCUUAUUUCCCAUAGGAAAGCAUUGGGAGGCUAUUGCACAUGCACAACAAAACAUUGCACGGCACCAACCCGCAUCUCCUCACAGAGAUGCAAUUGCUCAAUGAUCUCUAUGGGGAAUGUUCAGUAUCUCCAUACAGAGCGACUGCCACUGGAGGUGUUCCUAGGUAGUAAUGUAAACACUGCCUUUUCUCUGAGAGUGCAGUGUUUACAUUUAAAAUACAAAACAAACUGAGGGAAGAGUAAUCGCCAUCAGGGGAGAACUCAAAUGCUGAUAGAUUUUAUUUAUAUCUCUAUCUCUCAAUAGAACCGAAGUGAAAUAAAUACUUAACAGCUACCAGAAGUUCCUUCAAGUUAUCUACUGUAUUGGAGGUAUAAUGCUCCACAAAUCAAUGUUGGUCAUAUGUAUCCAAAAAAAGUAGGCUGUUUUUCUCUUUUCCGACUCUGUCUCCCAAUGUUAAGUCAAAUUGUAUCUUAUCGUGUAGAAACAAAUAAAGGUAUUCGUCUUUUGGAUACAUAUGACCAAUCUUGAUUUGUGGAGCAUUAUACCUCCAAUACCAUAGAUAGCUUGAAGGAACUUCUGGUAGCUGUUAAGUAUUUAUUUCACUUCAGUUCUAUUGAUACAUAUAUUUGAGCAUUUGAGUUCUCCCCUGGUGGGGGUUACUCUUCCCUUAGUGUGUUUUGUAUUAAAUCUUUAGGGUCCAAUCCUAUAGGUGGAGCUGAUACCACCAUACUGACUUCUGUCUCGGAGUCUAACUAGUUUGGACUUAGAGGCUGUAAUUUUAUUUUGCUUUCUUUACAUUUAAAAUGUCUGCAGGGACAGGCUAUAGACAUCAGAAUCAUUGCAUUAAAGGGUCACUAUAGGGUCAGGAACACAAAUAUGUAUUUCUAACCCUAUAGUGUUAAAACCACCAUCCAGGCUCCUCACGCCUCCAAAAAUAUAGCAGCAUCUUACUGUAUUCAAGCCAGAAGCUGUAGAUCUGCAUGCGGUUUGUCUAAAAAAAAAAAAAAAAGUCUUCUGUCAUCAGAAGUGGUAGCCUGAUCCAAUCACAAUGCUUCCCCAUAGGAUUGGCUGAGAUUGACAAGGAAGCAGAUCGGGGCAGAGCCAGUACAAUUCAAACACCGCCCUGGUCACUCAGCAUCCCCUCAAAGAGAUGAAUUUAAUCAAUGAAUCUCUGAGGAAAGUUCAGUGUCUGCAUGCAGAGGGAGGAGAUACUGACUGUUUGGAUGCAUUUUAGGCAGCCAUGACCCAGGAUCUCUAACUAUCAGAGGAGUGGCCAGUGAAGUUAUCACUAGGCUGUAAUGUAAACACUGCAUUUUCUCUGAAAAGACUGUUUACAGCAAAAGGCCUGAAGUUAAUGAUUCUACUCACCAGAACAAAUCCAAUAAGAUGUAGUUGUUCUGGUGACUAGUGUUCCUUUAAAAAGCCAAACUUAAUGUUUGGUUACAACUAUAUAGAUUUAAUAAUCUCUUGAGACAGAUCCUGCUCAUGUUUGUUUAGUAACCUGAUCUUCGAUUUUUAUUUUUUUUAACCUCCAACAGAAAAUCAGAAAUUGAAUACUAUGCAAUGUUGGCAAAGACCGGUGUCCAUCACUACAGCGGUAACAACAUUGAGUUGGGCACAGCCUGCGGAAAGUACUACAGAGUGUGCACGUUGGCCAUUAUUGACCCAGGUAAUCAUGUCUUUCUAAAUGAACAUUCCUUACUCUACUGUAAAAUUGUGUGUGGGAGGGGUCUUGUGUUCUGCGAAUAUAUUCUCGCCGGCUUAACCUAUCUGUGAUUUUGUCCGGGCUAGAGAUUCGCUAGAUUAAGACUAGUCUGUGUCCUCAGAGCUUGCUGUAUAUCUGGUUCUGAUUCUUGAAUGCUAGUUACACUUUUAUUUUUAUUAUGAAAAACAAUAUUUUGCUUAAUGCAAAGUUCAAUAAAGUUAAAUGCUGGGCACUGCUUUAAAGGAAGACUCCAAGAAACAACUACAACAGUAAAACUUUUCAGCCUUGGUUGUCUUAUUUAAAAAAAAAAAAAAAGUAACAUGGUUACUGCCCCAUUUUUUUUAAUUUUUUUUUUUUUUUGGGUUUCCCAAAAACUAUUCUAUAAUUAACAUUAUAGAAACCAUUUACAAAAAUAAAACAUUCAAUGGAUACUUUUAAUAUGUUGACAUUUUAAAAUUUUACAUCAUUCAGCAUAGCAGAAAAACAAACACAAAAAAAUGCAAUAUGACAAUGAGAGAAAUUAAAUGUAGACUGCCCCAUCUUUUUAAUGUUAAAUGUACUUGAUAUUUUUGGUUUGGUGGGAAACUGAUUUUAAAUCUGUGCUCUGGGAUUUAAGAAAUACUGACCAUAAUGUUGUAUGUCUUUGUCUUGUAGGUGAUUCAGACAUCAUUAGAAGUAUGCCAGAACAGCAGGCUGCUGAGAAGUAAAUUUCUACUCUGAACUGUUCUAAAUAAAACUGGUUUCCCAAAUAUCUGUCUGAUCCUUUAAACACAGCUUAAUUUGAUUCUGUGAUACUACCCU